GGGUAAUCGAAUAUUAAUGACUAGGUAGGGAUUAAAAUGAUACAAUAAAUGUGCAUAUCUGCUCGGGUAGCACUUAGGAGACAGAUACACCCUAUAAUGUCCCUAUUUUGACUUGAUUCUGAUGUCAGACUAAAACGGAAGUGUACGUCGCCUGGCACCAUCUUGCUAUCCAAACAAUUAAAGAACGCUUGUAUUUCUGAACGUCGCUGAGUAAUUGAAUAUUAAUGAGUAGGUAGUGAUUAAAAUGAUACCAUAUAUGUGCAUAUCUGCUCAGGUAGCACUUAGGAGACAGAUACAUCCUAUAAUGUCCCUAUUUUGAGUUGAUUCUGAUGUCAGACUAAAACGGAAGUGUAUGUCGCCUGGCACCAUCUUGCUGUGGUCGGUACUCUUUGUUUGUCUGGUAGUAAUGUGUGGGCAUUUUGUCGAAUAUGGACAGUUAUAGUGGCGUUGUUUAAAAUAAAAGUUACAAUUGUAGAGUGUUUCGGGUCACAAUAUAUAACAAAGCAAAAACGGUCAUUUUCGACAUGUGGAGCGUUGUGUUUAUUUCGUUAGAGGGCGCAAUUCCUCUACAGUAGACUUCCUCGAGUCGCAAGGCGGUGAAUUAAAGUCGUUUUCAUAGACUAUCGUCAGAAAUAUAACAUUAGUUUUGGAAUUGUGCCUCGACGCUCGUGUAUGUAUGUUUAAUUUCCAAAAUUGAUCACGUGGUUGUUUUUGACUUAAUUUCGUAUUAGGUACGCGCAAUAUGAACAUAAUAAAUAGGAACUAAAUGGCGCGCUUUAUGGGGGCCAAUCUAAUCCCCCCGUGGGCUGUUCCAGAUACAUUCGCAUCAGGUGAUGACUGUCCACUUAAGCAGUAGUGUUAUCACUUCGCAUCCAGGGGUUUCCUUCCCAGUGAAUCAAGGGCUUUGCCAUCCUUCACGCUGAAAAAGAAGACGGGUUCCCACGCACACACAGAAAGAGAAAGAGAGAGAGAGAGAGAUCGUCCUCCAGCCACGCACUGUACUACUCCUCCGGGCUAAAUAUUACAAAAAAACAAAAAAAAACCUGGCUUCCGGUGACAGGCACCAUGCGCAUUGACUGACUCCCCAAGACCUGCACAUUGUCAUCCAGUCCGCAACGGAGACGCGUAGAAGCCUGGCAGCAAUCCUCAGAAUGUGUUAGUGGUGCCAUGACUGAGACGGUGAUGAGCAGCAGCUCAGAUCGCUGGGUGUCCAACGACAGGCAGGGAACCAUGCACGCUAGUGAUAAAGAGCAGGGCAACUGGACCAUGCAGCCAAGCACUGGUCCUGGCUCCGCUGCUCCAGAGCUGACAGAUGAAGAAAAAGAAAUUAUAAACAAUGUGAUCGCCCGAGCUGAGAAAAUGGAGGUCAUGGAGCAGGAGAGGAUUGGGCGCUUAAUAAACCGCUUGGAUGACAUGAAGAAGACUGUGUGUGGGGAUGGACUCUCCCGCUGUGUGCUUUGCGGGGAGCAGCUGGGCACACCUGGAGUCAGCUCAGUGGUGUGUGAGGACUGCAAAAAGAACAUGUGUACUAAGUGUGGCACUCAGUGCGGCAGCAGGCCACGUGCUGUGUGGUUGUGCAAAAUCUGCAGGGAACAGCGAGAGGUGUGGAAGAGGUCUGGUGCCUGGUUCUUUAAAGGAUUCCCUAAACAAUUCCUUCCUGCGCCCAUGCCGUUAUCCAAACCGAAAGCAGCAGAGCUCAAAGGGCCAAAAGCUUUCGAACCCAAGGAGGAAGCAGCUCAACAACCCGGAGCGGAGCCAAAGGGCCGUGCGGGUUACCCACCUGUGGCCCCUAAGCCCUUGGCUGCGCGAAUGACCACAGGCAGUGCUGGCCCUGAAGAGGCUGGGCAGGCAAGCCCGGUGGCGAUGAAGAGGAUGGUACCUGUUCAAAGCACCAGACCGCAGCCUAGUGUCACACCCUCUGUGGCUCCGCAGGGCACCAUGGGACGAGAUGGAGGCGCUUACUCUUCUGGUGCAAUCCCUUCAGAGCAGAGAGCGCCUCCUGCUGUAGGACAGGAGAGGAGGCAGCCGGCGGCCUACAGUGCUCCUCCCGCUCGACAUCAACCUCCUCCGCCCGAGGAGGAAGAAGACGUCAACGACUAUGACUCUGAUGAAGCCACCACUCUGGGCUCUCUGGAGUUCAGUCUGAUGUACGAUCAGGAGAGCAACAGCCUUCACUGUAGCAUCCUCAAAGGAAAGGGCUUGAAACCAAUGGAUUCAAAUGGACUGGCAGAUCCUUAUGUCAAGCUUCACCUGCUUCCUGGGGCAAGCAAGUCAACAAAGCUGCGCACAAAAACCUUGAGGAACACUCGCAACCCGGCGUGGAACGAGACACUCACCUACCAUGGCUUGACCGAUGAAGACAUGCAGCGCAAGACCCUCAGGCUGUCGGUGUGCGACGAGGACAAGUUUGGCCACAAUGAGUUCAUUGGGGAGACCCGAGUGGCGCUGAAGAAGCUGAAGCUGAACCAGAAGAAAAACUUUAAUGUGUGUCUGGAGAGAGUUGUCCCAACAAAGAGAACUGCAACAGCCGGUGGAGCUCGAGGCAUCUCUCUCUAUGAAGAUGAGUCUGCAAAAGAUGGUGGAGAGGUUGAGGAACGCGGUCGCGUCCUCAUCUACCUUAUGUACAGCACCCAACAGAACCGCCUCAUUGUGGGUGUUGUGCGCUGCGUUCAUUUGGCCGCUAUGGAUGCUAAUGGAUACUCUGACCCCUAUGUCAAAAUAGUUCUGAAACCUGACAUGGGGAAAAAGGGCAAGUGCAAAACUCAGAUCAAGAAAAAGACUUUAAACCCAGAGUUUAAUGAGGAAUUCAGCUUUGACAUUAAACACAGUGAACUGGCCAAGAAGACCUUGGACGUCUCCGUGUGGGAUUAUGACAUCGGGAAGUCCAACGACUACAUAGGUGGCUGUCAGCUGGGCAUCACUGCCAAAGGAGAGCGUCUAAAACACUGGUAUGAGUGUUUGAAGAACAAGGACAAGAAGAUUGAGCGCUGGCACACCUUGGUGAACGAAAACCACACCGCUAGUGAUUAACAACCUGUAACAAACACAGCAUGAGCUAAAAACAUCCUCUUAUGGUCUGUAUUCACUUCCUUGUGCACCUUUUCUAUACAGCAUUCUUUUGAUUUGAUUUCACUCGACAGUUGACACUGCUCUUAAUCGAUAGUCAAUCCACCGAGGCUAUGUCCACAGACACACAUGUAAUUUUAAAAACAGACUCCAGGGUAAAAAAAAAAAAAAAAAAAAAAAAAAAAUCAAAUCUCAGUCCACACCAAUGGCCUUUAAUUACGAGAAAACACAGUGGAGCGCAGAGUUUGCAUGUGGAGGAAAAUGUCAAAGCAUAUGGAAAAAUACUCGUGUUUAUGUGGAUUUAGCCAGACACGUCAUAAAUGUGUCCCUGUAUGCGUUGACAAACAGCAGCACAAAGACCGUAACCAGUCCCUCCAGGAAUUCGCCAUGUCACAAUUGCCCCAAUUCGCGCAAAUUCGACUAAUUUUCUAAUGGCCACAAAUUCCCCGCACAUUUUGGCCAAUCAGCAUCAUUUUCAUCGAUUUUGUCUUGGCGUGGAGCUCAAACAUUCUCAUUAACUCUCUCUGUUAUUGUUUAGACGAAGCUGAAACAGCAAUUUGUAACAAUAUAUCAAUUAUUUCUUGCUCAAACGACACAAUUGUGAUCCUCACCUGUAGAUUAGAUUUACUUCCGGUUGCUGUCUACGGCGCUAAGACUUCAAGAUAAUGUAGUAUGUAAACAUUUACUUCAUAGAUUACAUGUAUUUAUAUGUUUAAUGAAUCUUUAUCUAUCCAGAAUAAGUCAUUUAAGAACAGUCUUAUCUAGCAGUAUUUAACAACAAAAAUGCUAGCUCUUUUCGCUAAUUUUGCAGGUAUAAACAUCACAUUUUGGUACUUGACGCAAGCUAACUGUUCACAUGCAAAUUAUAGAGUGCUAGCUUUUUUUUUUAGCUCAUUUGUGAGAUACACACCUUAAAGUCACAUAUUUUGUUACUUGACGUUAUUUGGCUAGCGCGCUAACUGUUAGCAUGCCAGUUAGGCUUUUCAGCAUUCACACACAAUCUGUACCCAAAUUGCAUUUUCUUGUUACUAUUGUUUGUUUAAUUACCAUUCUCUCUUAAUUCAUUAUAACUAUGAGCACUAAGUGCUUUUACUCCCAUCAAGAAUCUACUUUUAAGUAUGUGUGGUAUGGAACAAUUACAACGUCAACACAGGAUUUGUUUUCCAAUUUUUCUUGAAAAUCCUGUGCUUUUUGAGGUUAAGGUUACAAGAAAAAUUUAUGGCACAAUUGUUGUCCUCUCGUGGAGCUCAGACCUACUUCCGGUUGCUGUCUACGGCGCUAAGACUUGUAGGUAAUAAAGUAUAUAAACAUUUAUUUCCUAGUUUACACAAAUUUAAAUAUUUGGUUCAUCUUUAUCUACCCAGAAUAAGUCAUUUAAGAACACAUUCUCACUUGGCAGCAUUUACAUGACAGAGAUGUUGAAGUGUGAUGAUAAUGGCUCGUUCCUUUUACCAACAAAAAUGCUAGCUCCUUUAGCUAAUUUUGCAGGUUUAGGCAUCGGUCAUAUUUUGGUACUUGCCUCAUUGGCCAACUGUUGACAUAGUCAUGUUAGCAUGCUACCUUUUUUUAGCUCAUUUUGCAGAUGCACACCAAUUUUUUUUUCUUUGACGAUAACUGGCUAGCGUGCUAACUUUUAGCAUUCCAGUUAGGCUAUUCAGCAUUCACAUGCAAUUUGUACCAAAAUUGAAUUUUCUAGUUACUAUUGUUAGUUAUAAUGAAUUAAAACAUGACGGUAAUUUAGUAUGUGCUUUUACUACCUGUACUUUUAAGUCUGUGCGGUACAAAACAUCAGUACAGUAUUUGAUUUCUAAUUUUUGUUAAAAUCCUUUUUUUAGGUUAAGGCAGGGGUCGGCAACCCAAAAUGUUGAAAGAGCCAUAUUGGACCACAAAUAACAAAAAUAAAUCGUUCUGGAGCCGCAAAAAAUUAAAAGACUUAUAAGUGUUAUAAUGAUGGCACCACAUGAUGUACCGGUAAGUGGCUAAUUAGCUAUAUUAGCCUACUAUCAAAAUGACUGUGUUGCAGGCUGACGCAAAUCUUUGUUGACAGAAAUGCUGAAAUUUAAUAUUUAUUUUACACAUUUUCACAACAUUGGAAAACAUUAGUAAAACUUCUCAGAAGGUGAGAUAACUUCUGGAAAUGACUGGCUUAGAAUGGCCAAAGGUAUAGGUGUGUGUGUCCAAGUUAAAGGAAACGUCAGGCUGUCUUCUUCUAAUGGAUUUAUUACAAUCUUUGCUGUGGUCUGGAACAACAUGGCACAUAAACAACUAUCAGAAAUGCAGCCAAUAUUACAUACAGAUAAUGUGUCAUGAAACAUGGAAAAAUAAACUAAAUACACACAAAGGAAAUUAAAUUAGCUCAAAUAUAGCUACAAACGAGGCAUAAUGAUGCAAUAUGUUCAUACAGCUAGCCUAAAUAGCAUGUUAGCAUCGAUUAGCUUGCAGUCAUGUACUGAACAAAUAUGCCUCAUUAGCACUCAACACAAAACGAUAACAUCAACAAAGCUCACCUUUGUGCAUUCACGCACAGCAUAAAACGUUUGGUGUACAAAAUGAGAAAAAAAGAGUGGCAUAAAACACGUCUUUCUGUGGCAGCGUCGGAGAAAGUUGUACAUGUAAACAAACUGUUGAGUCACAGUCCACACAAUGGUGAGUUCAAGGGCCGCUGAAAUUAGUAGGACAAAACGGCGCUCGCCAAUUAUUCACAUCAGUGAAGCAUAAACACAAACAUGUUAGACUUCCUAACAAUUAGGAAGGUUUGUGUCGUGUUUGUCCUCUUACAGAAACCAUAUUACAACAAAUAACAUCUUUUUCACCCCAUUUUUUUCUAUUUCCAUACAUUUUUGAAAAAGCUCCAUGGCGCUGCUAAAGAGCCGCGGGUUGCUGACUCCCGGGUUAAGGUUACAAGAAACACUUAAGACGUUAAUAAAAUCACAAGUUGAUUCAAUGUUUUAGAAAAAAAAAAAAGCCUUAAAAUGUCGCAACUUUUGCCGAAACUUUCUAAAAAAUAAAAAUGUUUAAAAGGCUACCGCGAAUUUAAAAAUCACAAAAAAAAUCCCACAAAAUCCUGGAGGGACUGCAUAAUGCCGCUCAGUGCUGUUUAUAGAGUGUUGAGCCCAAGACAUGGUUUACUUGAGAGGCAUUGAACAAGAAAAGCAAUAUGUUAUCAUGAAAGCAGAGCGCUUACGCCUAAACAUUCAUCGCAUUGAUUUCCGGUGUGAUGAUGUCACGCCUGACACUUGAACUGUACAAGCAUGCCACAACAUCCACGUGCCCACUGCUCUCCUGAACAUAAUGUAUAUAACCACGAAGAAAUGUUUACAUUCUGAUACAUUGCUCAGGUUAGGAUAAAAAAAAAAAAAAGUAGGAUAUAUAGGUGACUCAUGAGUAUUUGGAUCUUUCACCGGUUGAUGUUAUUUUGUGAUUAGAGCACACAAAGUUAAAUAUUAGGAGUGUGUGUGUGUGUGUGUACUGUAUGUAUGGUAAAUAAGCUGUGACAUUUAAGUUGGUGAUAAUUGGCACUCUGACAGGUUUUAUACGUCAGUUUUUACAUGGAAUGCACACAGUUAGCAAAUUAGCCAGGAAGUUUAUGUGCAGCUUUUACCUGCAUGCACUGUGCUCGUGACUCUCAUGUGCCUGCGGCAGUAGUGGCCCACUCUUACCCCCGACACACCAUUUUGCACAAUGCAGGGUUAUUCUGCCACUCCGCGCCCCCCCCAACUGACCAUUCACGGCUUUAGCCUGUGCUCAAGGAUCACCGCAAACCAAGGAAAGCACACCGAACAAAGUGGAAUGACCUCGAUCUAUACAGCUGUUCGCUUAAGUUAGUCCAAAUACAAAAAACAAGGAGUUCUAUGCAUGGCGUUUAUUGUAGUACAAGUAGUAUACAAAUCCAUAUAGCGAGAUGUAUACGGUUCCUGUAUAUAUAGUCAUAUACAGUAUAUAUACUUUGUGAGAAUAAUGCUGACUACCAUUGAUGUUUACAAUGCUUCAUUCACAAGAGGCCAUGUUCUGCAUGACUAUGGCGUCAUUUGACUAAACGACUUAUUUGAUAAGCUUAUUAUCACAUGAGCAAGGCUCUAACUGGUAGCAGAUUUUAAGAGAGUCUUUCAUCACUGUCUCGUUGUCUCCGCACAACAUCCCUGCUCCUUGUGGCGGCGUGCAAAGCACCUGCCAGUAGCAUCUUAUAACAUUAGCCGAUUCUGUGCUGCUUUUGGCCACGACGGCCAUUACCUGAAAUCAACACAGAUCAUGUUUAAUUGAUUGUUUGCUUUUAAGAGGCUUCUCUCAGAGCUAAAACAGACAGCUAAUGUAUCUUCUACUUCAUCCUGCAAGUCUCUGUUGUUGUAAAUAGAGUAGUGCAUGCACUGGGAACAUGUAUGUUUGCACAAAAUGUUGCAUGUGAAAAUUUUUGCAGCGUUAACACAGGUCAAUAAAGACAAAUAAAAGCUUUUAUUGUGUGGUCGGGGGUAUUUCGGCAUCUGAAAACAGAAUUUCAGCCUUUUGUGGAUCAAUGAAUGAAUUAAU